GAUCGCCUACGAAAUUGCCAUAAUCGCAUCUGUUGAGAAUUGCUAUCGCAUGUCGGUGUCCAAAAGUGUUAUCUAAUAGCCGAGCCCUAUGCUGUAACGUGCGAUUGCCGAUUUAGUUUAUAGCUUGAGUCUGUUAAAACCAGACGAUCUGUAAGAUGCUGGCCGUUCAUUUGAGUGUUUUGUUGCUGUUGCUGCCUGCUUGUCUCCAGGCUGCCAGAAUACUGGCCGUAUUUCCCUUCCCUGGACCAUCGCAGUACAUAAAUGUGGUACCCUAUCUGAAGACACUGGCUUCUCGGGGUCACCAGGUGACCUCGAUUAAUGCUUUUCCGCAAAAGAAACUAGUGAAAAACUUUCGAGACAUUCCCAUUCCUGAAGUUUUUAACAAUUAUGAUGAAAUAAUAAACGAGCUGGCCGAUCCGAUGAACUUAUGGCUGGAGAACAAUUUCAUUAACAAGUUCUUUGUGGACAUCACACGCUCAGUUCUUACCAAUAAGGAGGUGACUGAAACUCUCCUGCCUCCUGGAAAGGAUCACUAUGAUCUGAUUAUUGUGGAGGCUCUACGGUCGGAUGCCUACUAUGGAUUUGCGGCCCAUUUUAAUGCCCCCAUUAUAGGCAUCUCCACCUUUGGAACCGAUUGGAACAUUGAUGAGCUGGUCGGCAAUGUCUCGCCUCUAUCGUAUACACCCCUGGUAACAGCGGGUUACACCGAUCGCAUGACUUUCGGGGAGCGCGUGUCUAACUUUGUGGAUACUACAAUUGCCAGGGUCAACUACAAAUUGGUACAUAUGCCUGAGCAGGAAAAGUUGUAUGAGAAGUACUUUCCCGUAGCUUCAAAAAGGGUUCCACUCACUGAGUUGAACAGAAACUUCUCCCUGGUGCUGCUAAAUCAGCACUUCUCGCUAAGUUUUCCGCGCUCCUACGUUCCAAAUAUGAUUCAGGUUGGGGGUCUGCACAUAUCCCACAAGCCAGCUGCAUUGCCCAAGGACUUGGAGGAGUUUGUUCAGGGUUCCGGGAUGCACGGUGUGAUUUACUUUUCUUUGGGCUCAAAUGUGAAGAGCAAGGAUCUGCCAGCUGAUAGACUUCAACUAAUCCUAAAAACCUUUGCGACUCUGCCGCAACGGGUUCUGUGGAAAUUCGAGGACGACAAACUGCCUGGAAAACCUGCCAAUGUUUUCAUCAACAAGUGGUUCCCUCAGCCAGAUAUUUUGGCCCAUCCCAAGGUCAAACUCUUUAUUACUCACGGCGGGCUGCUGAGCACCAUAGAGAGCAUUCAUCAUGGUAAACCAGUUUUAGGACUGCCCUUUUUUUACGAUCAGUUCCUGAAUGUAAAGAGGGCCACGCAGGCUGGAUUUGGUUUGGGGCUGGAUCACAAGACAAUGACGCAGCAGGAGUUCAAGGAGACCAUCGAACGGUUGGUCCAGGAGCCGCGAUUUGCUGAGACAGCGCGGCAGAUGUCGGAUCGGUAUCGGGAUCAGCCCAUGACUCCUCUGGACACGGCCAUUUGGUGGACAGAGUACGUCCUGCGGCACAAAGGAGCCUACCACAUGCGAGUGGCUGGCCAGGACUUGGGUUUCUUCGCCUACCACAGCUUGGAUGUCAUUGCAGCCCUCUUGGCUGGUGCUCUCCUGAUCGUUACGAUCGCGGUGGGUCUGAUAUGGAAAAUAGCAAAGAUAACUGGACUUGGAAAGACCAAGAACAAACAAAAAACCCAUUUGGGCAUCACGCACGCCAGUCGAAAUAUGUUGGUUCUGAGGUCGUUCACCCUUUUAGUCGUUUUUCUGCCCGGUUUCUUGGACGGAGCUCGCAUUCUCGCCUUGUUUCCUAUACCAAGUCACUCCCAUUAUUAUCACGCCUUACCCUAUUUGAAAAGUUUGGCCUCUUUGGGGCAUGAAAUAAGCUCUGUCAGUCCGUUUCCAUUAAAGGAACCUGUGAUCAAUAUACACGAAAUACCUGUUCCGGAAGUGUUUGAGAAUAUUGAGGAAACGAUUAAAAGUUUAUCUGCGUUCAAGGGCACUUGGAAAUAUAUUGAAUUUAUCAACACGUACACCUUCAACCUCGCAAAGUUAGUGCUGAACAAUGACGGUGUUCGUCGGGAGAUACUUAAGCCUGGAAAAGCUAAGUUUGAUCUAAUAAUUGUGGAUCUCUGGCGGCUCGAUGCACUCUAUGGUUUGGCGGCUUAUUUUGAGGCCCCAAUAAUUGGAAUAGCUUCCUACGGCACUGACUGGAGGAUUGACGAAUUGGUGGGCAAUAUAUCACCGUUGUCGUAUCUGCAGUCUCCGGGGUUUCGAUGGUACGAUCUGGAGACCUAUGGAGGACGUUUAGCACACUUUAUGCAACACACUAUUACCUGGAUUAACUGGCGUUGGUGGCACGAGGAAAAGCAUGCGGGGCUCUACAGAAAGUAUUUUCCUAAAACAGCUGAAAAGCUACCGCUGUCCGAGAUUACAAGAAACUUUGCUUUGAUUUUGGUAAACCAACAUUUUACAUUGGCUCCUCCUCGGCCAUAUGUUCCCAAUGUGAUCGAAGUGGGUGGUAUGCAUAUUAAUCAGCAUCCGAAAGCUUUACCCAAGGAUUUGGAGGAUUUUAUCCAAGGUGCUGGUGAACAUGGAGUAAUUUAUUUUUCUCUUGGCACCAAUGUUAGAGGAAAAAAUCUGGCAGGAGAUCGCCAGAAAGUAUUGAUCGAAACAUUUGCAAGCCUGCCGCAGCGUGUCCUGUGGAAAUUUGAGGACGAGAAUUUGUCUGAGAAGCCCUCAAAUGUUUUAAUUAGUAACUGGUUUCCACAGCAGGAUAUUCUGGCCCAUCCAAAAGUUAAGCUUUUUUUAACCCACGGAGGAUUGCAGAGCACCGUCGAAUGUAUACACCAUGGCAAACCCAUGCUGGGACUCCCCUUUUAUUUUGAUCAGUUCCGCAAUAUGGAACAUAUUAACAGACAGGGUCUUGGACUAGUUUUGAACUAUAAGACUAUGACCAGCGUUGAGUUAAAGAAUGCUAUCAUCCGCUUGCUGACAGAGAAGAGUUUCGAUCUAUCGGCAAGAACAACAGCGGCUCGAUAUCGGGAUCAACCCAUGAGUCCUUUAGAAACGGCUGUCUGGUGGACUCACUACGUCCUGCGUCACAAGGGAGCACCUCAUAUGCGGGUGGCUGGCAGGGAAUUGGACUUCUUUACCUAUCACAGCCUGGAUGUCCUGGGCACUUUUGUUCUAGCCCUUCUGGUUGUUCUUGCACUUAUCGUGCUUUGUGUGCUCAAGAUUUUGAAAACGAUUUUAAGACGUGGAAUCGAUAAAAGAAAACGAAAGCAGAAAGUUCGCUAAAAGAGUCGAUAAAAGAAAACGAAAUCAGAAAGUUCGCUAAAAGUGAAAUACAUUUAUGGAGAGUUUUGAUUUUUAUAAA